AUGGCGCUAGCAACCCCCUCCAAUGUUGCUCAGUCAAACCUAUCCGCCUGCAAAGAUGAUACUAAUCUGCGGGCUAAGUGGGAGGUGUACUUAUCACCAGCACCCCUCUCCAUUGCUGUACUUGGAGAACUGGUCUAUGUCUCCUCUUCAGAUGAUUUUUCCAUAAACAAAAAUCCACCAAAGGAUGGCUUUAAAUUCAUUAGGUAUCCAGAGUCGUUCCGCGCCUGCCUCAUGCAAGUGUGCAAUGCUGGAUGGAGGGCUUUCAAUGAAGCUCACAAAAACAUGGAUCAGAUUCGCCUUUACACCCUGCAAGUUCCUGAACACAUAAAAACCUGUAUGGAACUCACUGUUCAGGAUGAUGAUGAGCUUGUGCAGGAAUUUCUGCCUGAUGAACUUAGGCAAAUUGACCAUAUUGUAACCGAGUGCUCACAACUGGCUACAUCUACCGAAAGCAAGUUUGACAAUGUCAUCAAGUUGAUUGGGGAGCUGCUGGAGGCAUGCGUUAAUGCAAAGCAAGGCCAUGAUGCUGAGCUUGAAGAUGUUAAAAAACAGAUGGAGGAGGCAAAACUUAAAGAGCAAUCAGCCAGGGAAGCAAGCAAAAGGGCUGAUGAGGCUUUCAAGAAAAUGGAUGAGAGGCUAGCCGAGGCUGAAAAAUCCUACAAGGAGUCAAUUGACAAGUUGCCAAAUGGAUGGGAGCUUUUUGGUAUGCAACUGGUCAACAGUAUAUCUGAAGCAUCAAUAUCUGUUGCCAGUGGGAUUGCCCAAAUGAUGCUCGUGAUAAAUAAUUUUCGACAUAUUCCUACUGGUACCACGACAGCUGGCACAACCCCCUCCACAGACUCAAAGGUAAUUGCUGUCAGUGCUGAGACUGCAGAACCUGCCAAGGAUGACACUACCACUGAACUGCUUGCAUCAAUUAAUAUCCUCUCACAGUCACACACAUUACUGUUGUUAUGUGGAAAACUCAAAGAGUUUUUGGAUGCAGAUCAAAUACAGUGGUCAAAGGUAUACGAUCAAAAAAGUAGUUCAGUAAAAUCUGAUUUCUUGAGGAAAAUCUUUGCCGAAAUCAAAGAUAAAACAGUCAAGGAGCAAGAAUGUCAGUCUAAAGUAGAUGCUCUGAAGAUCUGUGACAAAGGCAUUGACAUUUGCACUAACAUGGCUAAAUAUGCCCCUGAAGGAAAAACUGAGGACGCCAAGAUAAAAGAGCUGGUUAAGGAUAUCAAUGAUUUAAAUGACUCAGCUCUGGCUUUUGACUAUAAUAACAAGAUCUUCUCCAAUCGCCCAGAUUCUGCUGUAUCACCGCCACAUUUCAGCCAAAUUCAAAAAAAUUCAGAAGGAGAUGGUCCAGUCGGAAGAUACAUAGCAACUGCCCAAUUUAAUGUUGAGCAGAGGAAGGCUGAAGUGAGCAGGCUGACACAAAUGUAUGAGAAGAGUUUGGAAAACAUGGAGAAGAAAAAGCAGGAGCUCACAGACAUCCUGAUCAUGAUCCAGAAUCUCGGGACUAAGGAGAUAGACUUCAACACCAAGAUCAAAAUUCUGAUUAAAGGACUGGAAGCCAUGGGGAGAGUGAAGGAGCAGUGGCAGAAAACUGCGUGUUUCUUUCAGAUGGUUUCAAACAUUGUGAAGACCACCCUCAGCACCACCAUGGCUGCCUUUAAGUUGACCGUUGAAAAGGCUACAUCCAAAGGAAAGACAUACACCAAAAGCAAGUACGUGAAAGACAAAAUCUAUUUAAGGGCCGUCACUGCCUCCAACUGCACCAAUCUGGUGAGCAUGAUCUCUACCACCUACACACAGGUAUCUGAGGAAUACCUAAUGCCCUGCAUCAGUACUUUGGGAAGACUGAUGACUAUGGAUCCCAAUGGAAACAGCUUCAGGACUGACUAUGAAAAUUUACAGCAGUCCUGUCAGAAGGCAGAAGAAGGUCUCAUUAAUCUUGCCAGAAAGAACAAGGUCGACUUUGAAAGUCAAUGUCAGGCAGCAGCAACUGAACUAAAGGAGAUUAUGGAAGAGAAGCGGGCCGUACAAUCAGGGGAUACAGUGGAAAAGAUGUAG